GCAGCCUGCAAACAUGAAUGGCCCUCCCUCUCCUUCGUCGUCGUCUCGUUUAUCCGUAGCGCUUCUUCUAAUGAUCACUGUGCUCGCAUGCGGCUUCGUCUUGGCUUCCUCUGGUCGAAGCUACGCCCAUGCUGACUACGCUGAUGGAAGUGACCAAGAGCUGCUGAUGUCGACGGAGUGGUUCCGCUUCCAUGCCUGGAUGGCAGCUCAUGGCCGGUCAUACCCGACGGCCGAGGAGAAGCUCCGGAGGUUCCAUAUAUACCGUGCCAACGUGGAGCUCAUCGAGGCCACGAACCGCGACACCAGCAAGACCUUCACCUGCGGCGAGAACCAGUUCACCGACCUCUCCCACCACGAGUUCCUCGCCAUGUACACCAUGGCCGGCCAUUCGGCGCCGCCACUUCUAAACCUCUCGUCCGUGAUCACGACCCGCGCGGGCGAUAUCACAGAGAGUGAUCGCGGCACGACGCAAGUGGAAGAAGAUGAAGAAGUAGAAGCUCUGCCGGAAAACAUCGACUGGAGGGAGCAAAACGCGGUGACGCCUGUCCAGGAUCAGCGCAGGGGCUGCAAUGCUUGCUGGGUGUUCGCUUCGGUGGCAACGAUGGAGAGUGCACACAAGAUCAAGACAAAUCACGGGCAUGGGGAGCUCCUAAAGUUGUCGGAGCAGGAGAUCGUGGACUGCACCAGCCAACACUGCGGCGGCGGCUACCCGGAUGAUGCAUUCAGUUGGGUGAAGAGGAAUGGGAUCGCCACGGAGUCGGAGUACGGCGGUUACGAGGCGACGGUGGACUCCUGCCGCGCCGACAUGGUACGACCUCCGGCCGUCAGGGUCAAGGACUACAGUUUCGUGCCCAAAAACUCAGAGAAAAAACUAGCCAUGAGGGUUGCCCAGCAGCCCGUCGCCGUCCUGUUCGACGCCACCGAUCCCUGCUUCCAAUGCUACACGAAUGGCAUCUACUCGGGGCGGCCAGCAGCAGCCGCCGACCGCUAUAAUAUCCUCAACCACGCCAUGGCCAUCGUCGGCUACGGGGAAGACAAGACUACGGGGCGAAAGUACUGGAUCGCCAAGAAUUCCUGGGGUACCCGCUGGGGACAAAACGGCUAUGUCUACAUACGCAAGGACAUGGCCGACAGACCCGAGGGCGUGGGUGGGCUUGCCACACAUCCCAGGUACCCUAUCGUGUAAUAGCUUAAUUCCCAUAUAUGUGUUGACAAUAAAGGACAACGUACGGAACAUGGUGGUGGAGCACCAGACUUUUGAGACGUCAUUAAGACCUAAUAUAUAUAAAUCAAUAAAUUAAUAUACACAUCGCUGUUAUGGUAUUA